AAUGAUCAAUUGCAACGCGACUCUCUACAGAAUAACAUCAUAAAUUUCAUUUUAGCACCAUCCAUCCGGCACAUACACUUGGGAGGAAUUUUUACAUUCAAAAAGCGUGUUGAGUGUGUUUUAUAAAAAUAAAUUUAAAAAGAAAACGUGAAAACUCCCUUCGCAUAAAUAUUUGUGAGCCACAGAAGUGAAUUCAUCAAAAUAAAAAAAGGGGUUGUUUAGUGCGUGAUUUGGGUGUGGAAAGUCGGAAAUUUAUCCAGAAAUGAAAAUACUUGGAUUAAUUUUCAUUCUCUGGCUUUCGUUCGUUUGCAUUGAGAGCUCCGUUGGAUGGCCAAUUUCAAAUCCCAAAGUCCAAAUGACACAGACUAUGAUGGAAAUUCCUCAAUGGCACUGUUUGCGCUACUUCAAGCACGACAUUCAUCUGAUGCGUCGAUGCCGCAACUACAGACUACCCAUGUUCAGGAAGCCAAUUGAAUGAAGAUACUUCCGCCUUCAAUCACUUCCCAUUCAUCGCGAUUAAGUCUUUUUUUUUUUGUUAAUAAAUAAAUCUCCAUUUCCCGCGCACCAUGUUAGGAUUAAUUUUUUGUGAUACUAAUUUAUAAAACAAAACCAAUUUAUUAAUAUUAAUUUAUAAUUUUUACCCAAAAAAAUGAGGGAUCUUAUCUGUUGAUCUGUAAAUUAGUCUUUUAGUCAGGAGAACGUUCUAAUUAGUUAGAAUAUUUUCCUGGUCAAAGGACCAAUUUUCUGAUCAAAAGAUUUAAUCCCAAAAUAAUCACGAAUUUAAUUUUUUGUUUUUGAAAGAACUGAAAGAAUGGACGAAACAUUGAGAAAACUAGAGAAUUCCGUUCCACUUUUUACGCGAUUUAUUAUUUUUUUAUUUUAUUUAAAAGAGAUUUUUUUGUUAAUUUCUUAAAUUGUUUAUCAACUGAAAACUUAUACAUUUAAAAAAAAUCACAAAGAAAGAUUUUAAGAAUCAUUGUAAAUGUUUUAAUGAAAUAUUUUUCGCAAUGUUUGUAAAAGAAAAUAUCAACUGAAAAAAAAACUUAAAAAGGGAAAAUAUCCCACCAUAAAAAUAUUAUAAAGAUUCAAUUAACUAAUCUCAAAGGAAUUUAAAAUAAAAUGGAAUGUUUCAAAAGAAAAAAAAAACGUAGAAUUUCUAUUAAAUUAUAAGCACCAGAGAUUUAGCGAUUAUACCAAAUAAAAUAUUUAUCCACUAA